AUGGAUGCAAUCCAGAUAGUAGUGGUUAUUCUCAUUCUGUGGAAUGUGGCCUCCGGAGAGGACGAGUCCAUCCCAGAGGUGGUCAACAUCAAAGAAGGCAGCACCGCCACUCUCAACUGCUCAGGAGAGACCAAUAUAACUAUAGGGGUUAUCUCAUGGGCGAUCAUUGGUAACGGUUCCAGAGAAGCCAUUGUAACGUCUGAUAUGUCAGACGAGAGCACCCCAGAAUGCAACAAAGAGAAUGUCAUCAAGGGUUUAUCCAACUGUAUGGUCUUCUCGACCGUCAACUCACAUACGUUUACUAGUCAACUGACAUUGAGGAAUCUAACCUCAGACAGCAGGCACGCGGUUAUCGAAUGCAUAAUGGUUGAAGAAGACGAGUAUGAUGAGAAUUCAGAUACCAUUUGGAUAAUGCAGUCCUACGAAUUGAACUUGUACUUUCUGUCAACUGAUGUGAAAUGCAGUGCCUCAUUAGACGUGCAACAUUCUAUCAACGUAUUCUGCAAAGCUUCUAAAGUAUAUCCUGACAUUACCUGCCGAAUUUUCCCGCAAAUUGAAAAACCAUUUCCCAAGUUGGACUCAGAAUCCCGGGUGAGGAAAUUGCCAGAAAUAAAUAAUGUCAUGCAUAUUAAAAGACAACUAGAGAUAAGCGUGGCGUAUUAUGAAACUUCUUGUUCGUCAAUAUACUACCCAACUGAACCAGGCAGAUACCAGUUUCAAAUUGAGAUGUACAACAACAAGGCUAAUGCGAAACCAAUAGCGACUAUUACCACACAUUUCAUUGAAGUAAUUGACGUAGGAGCUUACCACAAGCAAAGCAGCUAUGGCAAUGAAACAAAUACAGCUUUCUAUACACUCAUUGUAUCAAUACUGAUUUUUGCAGUCAGCGUAUUUCUGAUAGUAUCCUGGCUCAUCUGGAUCAGACGUCGUAGUUUUCAUUGCUCUUCCACUACCACAACACAGAACAAUGAGUAUGAGUCGAUUACUUACAAUGUCCAAGAUCCCACCAUGUGCAAGAUUCCAGUAUGUUCAUCAGAUGAGGGUUAUGGGGAAUCCACUGGUGGUGAUGUCCUGGUGUCAGAUUCAGAAGCGGACGAAGAAACACACCCCCAGAAGCUUCUCAACGAACGUGGCUAUGUGCUGAAUUUAACGAUACCAAAUGCACACAUGUAUCCCACAGCAAGCAAUGCCUAUAUCGAUCCCAUAACGCCUACAUCAACUCUGAGCAGAUCGAGUCGAGAACCACGUGAAGGCGAGUUGUUUAUCAGCAAUGAUAAUAAGAAUGAAACACAUUCAAAACUGUGUCUAUAA